AUGAAGGCUUCCAGCUCCAGCAAAGGGCCUAAUGUGGAAGGGCAGAAGGGAUUACCUACAUCUAGGAAUCAAUUCUCUGCUCUAAUGGAGUUGGAUAAUACUAACGAGGAACCAGUGAGGAGCCCUAUCACCACCAACGAUGUUUCUCCCCUUCAGGAUCAUACUGAUAGAGUUCGCAUGCAUCAAUCCCACCAUGAACCUAGGAACGACAUCACUACAAGGAGAGUUAAGGGCAAAGACAUUAUCAAGGCUGCAACUGAGAACUGGACCAACUUGGUUAACCCCUUCUAUCGAAUCGAAAGUUUGCCUAUUGAAAUACCCUCUGGCUUUUCAUUCAAAUCAUCCUCUAAGCACAAUUCUCAGCCCAUUGUUAAAGCUCCCCGUGAUGGCCAAGUGGAUGUCCAUAAUGUUGAUCCACAAGCUGGUAAUUUUCAACUUUUGUUUUCAGCAGGGGAUGUUACUCAUAGUCGUGGGAGGGGCAGCAGACUGUCUGGUCAUAGGAAAUUUGCUCAGGAUACUGCAAAUCGCAGUUUUGUCGAUUCGGAACCAGCAGGGCCAGCUGGAAAGCGUAAGCGCGUGAGCCAUUGCCGGGUAGAGGCCCCUUCAAACACCCUCCACCAUCUCAGACCAAUGACUUUCCUACUAGUGGCGGUGAAGGUCCUUCUUAGAUCGACUUCUGACCACCUUGCUCUCAAAGUGUCUACUUGUUUCACUCCAAACUCUGCUAAUCGCCCCCUGGUGAGGGUGAUCAAGAAAUUGGAACUCACUCAAUCUAGUCUUUUUAGUUGGGCUAAGAGUUGUGUGGGCGACAUUUCACUCUGUAUCAAAUCUUUAAGGGAUGAACUUGACAAACUCCUAUCUCUUGAACUGGCUUCUGCUGUUAAUGACAAGAAUCAUGAGAUUCUAAUCCGAAAUGAAUUGAAGCACCCUUGA